GUAGAAGCAGCAGCUACUUUGGGAAUUGGGAAAUAUUUUCUCCCGAUGAAAAGUCAGACUCCUGACCGUGCAUGUGCUGGUGUUUCGGUGUCAGCAGGGAGAUUGGCAUCCAUGGAUUAGGAAGAGCGUCGCCUUCGGACCGCGCCGGAUUCCCGGUUCUCGGUGAGGCAACAUGGCCUUGGAAGUCGGAUUGCGGGUCGUUCGAGGACCCGAUUGGAAAUGGGGAGCUCAAGACGAUGGAGAAGGCCACGUGGGAACCGUGGUCGAGAUAGGGAAGGCGGGGAAUCCUCAUUCUCCGGAGAAGACGGUGGUCGUUCAAUGGGAUUCCGGAAGUCGAACGAACUAUAGGGCGGGCUAUCAGAAAGCCUACGAUUUGCGGGUUCUGGACAACGCACCGACCGGUGUGAAACAUCCAAAUAUUGUUUGCAACGCCUGUCACAGGCAAGGUAUCGCAGGAGUUCGUUGGAAAUGCUCUCGCUGUUACGACUUCGAUCUUUGCUCGGCCUGCUACCACAGCGACGAGCACGAUUUGAGCCAUCCGUUCGUCCGUUUCGAAACGUCGAACUCUGAGGGUAUACCGGUUUCAUGUCGACAAGGGAGACCAAAACUCCAAGCUCGAGGAAUAUUCCUCGGAGCCCAGGUCGUCCGUGGCCACGAUUGGGAUUGGGGCAAUCAGGACGGCGGAGAUGGUAAAGUCGGGGAAAUUCUCAACGUCAUGGAUUGGGAGCAAGAGUCCGGUCGGAGUGUGGCUAACGUCACGUGGACUUCCGGAUCGAUGAACAUCUAUCGAGUGGGUCACAAGGGGAAAAUGGAUUUGCGAUACGUUCAAGAUGCGCCUGGUGGAGACUACUACAGGGACCAUUUGCCCGUAUUGGGAAUAACGCCGGCUCAGACCGAGAUCGCUGGUCCGUCUCAAGCAGCCUCGAGAGAACCAUCUCGUUUCUCGGUCGGGGACCACGUCAAGAUUCUCCAAGACAUCGAUAUCCUCAAGGUUCUCCAAGACGGACACGGUGGUUGGAACCCAAGAAUGUCGGAAACGAUUGGAAAAGUCGGCAAAGUUCAUCGAGUGACUGAGCGCGGCGAUAUCCGAGUUCAGUUCGACGGGCAAAACAAUCGAUGGACAUUCAAUCCAGACGCUCUGAUAAAAUGCAUCGUCUUCAACGUGGGCGAUAUGGUUCGAGUCAUUGACGAUCUGAAGCGUUUCAAGGAGCUGCAAGAUGGUCACGGGGAAUAUGUUGAGAACAUGAAACCGGCUCUUGGGAAACUCGGAAAAGUGAUCAAGAUUUACACGGAUGGUGAUCUACGGGUUAUCGUCGACGGCACUACUUGGACGUUGAACCCAAUGUGCCUCAUUCCUGUUCCGGGUUCGCAAACUGAGCUCAAUAACACGAUGAAUGCCAAUACGCGCGAAGAGCAUGCGAACCCCCUGCUCAGUCACUUUUUAACAACCAGCACAGGAACACAACCCAUCACAGGGGGCACGAUGGCCUCGGUGGCUUUUCAGCAUGAGAGACUUGUUCGAGACGCAGCUCUGGGCAAGGUCGAAGCCGUCCUCGAAUAUCUUUCCAAACAUCCCGACAGAGUCAAUUUGAAGAGUUCCUCUAAAACAGCUCUGCAAGUAGCGUGUCAUCAGGGUCAUCACGCGAUUGUGGACAUCUUGUUGAGAUCGAAAGCUAACUUGGAAGCGCAUGAUGAGGAUGGUGAUACGGCUCUCCACUACGCCGCGUUCGGAAACCAACCCAAAGUCAUCGAGACCCUAUUAGCAUCCGGAGCUAACAUAAAUGCUCAGAACAGAACGAAGUGCACCCCCUUACAUGUCGCUGUGAACAAGCAGUACUCGGACUGCGUGAAGGUCCUCUUGCGUCCUCAAUCGCACUCGGUGCACGCGCUCGAUAUCAACGUUCAGGAUUCGUACGGAGACACAGCGUUGCACGAUGCCAUCAGUAAAGAGUCUGUGGGAAUCACCGACUUACUCAUCAACGUCCCGAGCGUGGACUUCAGUUUACGCAACGAGCGUGGCUUCAAUGUUCUCCAUCACGCGGCUCUGAAAGGAAAUGCCUUCGCUGUCGAGAAACUCUUGGCUCGAACGAGACAGCUGGUCGACAUAAAGAAGGAGGAUGGGUUCGCCGCCUUGCAUCUCGCAGCUUUGAAUGGUCACUUCGCAGUGGUAGAGCUCCUCCUGGAGGUCGGUCGUUGCGACACGGACAUUCGGAAUAACCGGCAGCAGACGCCGCUUCUGCUGGCUGUAUCCCAGGGACACGAGGCUAUCGUUGAGCGUUUAUUGGCCUCCGGAGCGGGAGUAAAUGUACAAGAUGAAGAUGGCGAUACCCCUCUGCAUGUAGCAUUGGUGAAACGUUCCGCUCUGAGGGGCACUGAGCUGGUCGAAACGUCUGAUGCUCCAGGAAUGGCGCAGAUUUUGGCCACUUUGGCAACAUCGCCCCUUGAUGCCAUCGAGGACAAGGGUCUCCUCAUCGCUUGUUUCCUAGCAAAGGAGGGUUCAGAUCUCCUGAAGGAGAACCAUGCGAAGAGAACACCAUUGUCUUUGGCUGGUUCGACGGAGGUUGAAGAGCUCCUCAGAUUUUGGGCCGCCAAUAGCGACAUCCAGCCGGCGUCACCGUCUACGGCUUUGUCGGAUGCUCUGGUCGUCCUUCAUAUGGAACAGAAAGAGUGUGAGAUCUGUCUCGAAGCGCCGGCCGUGGUGAAGUUCAUGCCCUGCGGACAUUGUGUGGCCUGUGAGGAGUGCUGCGUCCGCAUGAAAAAGUGCAUCACCUGCCAACAGAUCGUCGCGUGCAAAACGAACAAGAACACGGGGGCCACCAUACUAUCUUCGCGACAACGCCAAGGCAGCUUGGAGAGGUUGAGGCAGCUGGAAUCCCGUCUACAGGAAAUGGAAGAAAGCGCUUCCUGUUCGAUCUGCAUGGAGCGUAAAAGGAAUGUAGCAUUUCUAUGCGGUCACGCCGCGUGCGCGAAGUGCGCUGCGCCCUUAAAAACAUGUCAUAUGUGCCGUAAACCGAUCACAAAACGUAUCCAACUCUACCUCUAGUUGACGAGUCGAGUGCAUGCGUGUCUGCGUGUUUGCCUGAGAACGAAUCUUCCAAAUAGGCGUUUAGAGCUGCGCACAUCAAUUAGGCAUCGUUGGGCAGGUGGACGAUGCACCGACGGAAAGCAUGAUGAAUUCACCCGUCGCCCCUCUUUUCUCAGAGAUGUUCUGAUUAGAAGGAACGUUUUGUUCGUUUGUGUCGAGCAGGAUGCACUGGACCUAAGAAUAUACGACACGGAUCUGAUAUUGAUCACACAUGGAGCGAACUCGUUGAUCGUGAUAUUCGCAGAGAACAACUAUAUGCGUGAAAGUGAAUUCUCUGCAACUCUUCGAAAACGGCGCAUGCGACUCGAGACGGUUCACAGAGAAAGUCUCACGAAACUCCGGUCCCACGCUUGGUUCCCCUUUCAAUCGGAGUGUUGCGUUUAGAAGUUCACUUGCUGGGAAUGCGGUUCGUAUCUGGUCGUUGGAGGAAGCAUUGCCGAUGGAGCACACGAAAAGUUGAGGGCAAUGCCUUGUGCGUUGAUCGAGUCACGGAUCACGCUAGGAAUUCGAGUGUGCAUGGAAUGGAGUGAGAUGAGCGGCCAAUGAUCGAAAAGUGUUCCAUAUCAUCAGUCUGGAGUCAAUUUGAUAAUGAGUCAACUGCGUUCUAAUUGAGAUUUGAGAAGCUAUUUGAUCUGAUGAAAAUCGGUACUAGGCCGUGCCUGUACAUAUAUGUAUUUAAGCGAAAUAAAUAUUUAU